GCUGGUGUUGACUUGCCUUUGAUUACUCAGGGAAUGCUACAAGACGUAGAGUGAGCUGUGAUAGAUGCGGCCGCCUAGAUGACUCCACAUACUUCUUGGUUCCUGAUGGGGAAGCUGGGCGCCUGCUCAAAAUUACGCCAGUCUAUGCUGAUCAGUAAGUAGCUGUCGAAUGUUUGAUGGAAUGAUACUCAUGGAGUGACCCUUGUGGGUCCGUUUCUACGGAAUACUGUCUAUUCACCAGCCAAGACACGCCAUGUUACCUGCUGGCUGAUCGCUAACAAUGACCUCGCUGCAGGUGCUCAGCAGAACGCUUACCGUGUCUUGUGUGCUCCAUGCUGAAAGCGACCUCUCGCCAACGUGGUCCCAACGUAAUGGAAACCCUAUUUCGGUGUCACACUGCAGGCUCAAGGUAUCGUUGACGUUACAAAGAGGGCUUGAUUUGCGUUGGACCAAUGUACAUGGGGUUCCACACUUCGUGGCUCCAAAACGUGCUCGCAGUUCGAGUCAGAGCGAGCUAAACGCAGCUGUUGUCGGUCGGCUCGUGCAGUUUUUGCGCGCUACUGGUAAUGACAGACGUCUGGAUGGGAGGAGCUUUCAUUUUAUUACUCGAUCAAAACAGGGCCUCCACCGCCGUAUUCCGCCGCUGACGCCCGACGAUUCCAACUUGAUGGUCACAAGCAUGAGAAGACGGGACAGAUCCAAAGGCCCUUUCGAGAUUCAAAAUAUUCUUUGUCCUACGAGACAGGAUCGUUGAUGACACCGGAAUAUGUUGUGAGCGUCAAAGCCGCGGCUGCAGCCGAAAGCGGAACCACACUCGGACAUUUUCGCGUCUUUGGUUGUCGAAAAUGGCGGCCAUCUCCGACAUGGAUUACGUUGUUCCUGUUGGGCUAGCCGACCGGGUAGGCGGUGCUGAGA